GCCUACCUUCACAGGCUGUAUAUCCCGACGUGCCUUGCUCUCUUGUACACGUCCGUGGGAGCCGGCGGCGGCGGCACUCCAGCCGCUCGCGCUCUAUGGUGAUACCGGAGGUGUCAUGGCGGCCGUUGAGGUGGCAGCUGAACCUGGAGCCCCCACGGCCGACUGAGGAGCCUGGGCGGACCGCGGGGCUCUAUGGCAGGGCUCCGUCUCUAGGCCGCGCAGCCAGAGGACGAACCGGCUAGGGUGGAAAGGGGGCGCUCGGGGCAUCUGGCGGCGGCGGCGGCUGUGCUGCUUCCUUUCCACCCUUCCUGGGGCAGGUGGGCCCCGCUGAGCCCGGGUCGCACCAAUAAGGAGGAUGGCGUCGUGGCUGGGGGGCCUGGGCGCUGGGCUGGGCCAGUCCCUGGUGGGCCAGGUGGGAGGCAGCCUGUCGACCCUCACCGGGCAGAUCUCCAGCUUCACCAAGGAUAUGCUGUUGGAGGGCACGGAGGAGGCAGGAGGUGCUGCAACAGAUUUCUCAGUAUCUAACUCUAAUCUGAGAGACGUAGAAAAUAUUCAUGCAACACUGAGAUCAGAGAAUGAGAGGCUGAGGAAAGUUUGUAAUGAUUUGGAAGAAAAGCAUGAAGCAGCAGAGCUUCAAAUAAAGCAACAGUCUGCAGAAUAUCGGAAUCAGCUGCAGCAGAAAGAGGUGGAGAUCAGCCAUCUUAAAGCUAGACAGAAUGCACUGCAGGAGCAGCUGCAGAAGGUGCAGUCAGCUGCUCAGUCAGCACAGUUAGGAGCUGCUGUCUUGCCAUCAACCACUACAUCAGCUUCCUUUGUCCCUGUGGUCAGACAUGGUUCUUCCAAUUUUCAAGGAGAUGAUAUGGACUUUGGAGAUAUAAUCUGGUCCCAGCAAGAAAUAAACAGAUUGUCCAAUGAAGUUUCUAGGCUUGAAUCUGAAGUUGACCACUGGAAGAAGAGUGCACAGUUUUCCAAACCACAAGGAGCCAGUAAUACAGAUCAGAAUGAAAUCUACACGUUGCAAAAUAUUAUAAGGGAGCUAAAGCAGAACUUAAGUCAAGAAAUAGACGAGCAUCAGCAUGAGCUUUCAGUACUACAGGAUGCACAUCAACGGAAAUUAGCAGAGAUUAGCCGGCGACAUAGAGAAGAACUGAGUGAAUAUGAGGAACGAAUAGAAGAACUUGAAGAUCAGUUACAAAAAGUUGGUGGUGCAGGUGCUAAUAUUUCUUCCAAAGAUAGUUUACAAAGCCAUACAUCUGACUCCACAGCACCAUCCUUGAAGGAACUGGAAGAUAAAGUGAGAAGUUUAAAUCAGAAAUUGUCUUCAGCAGAAGAAGAGAGAAAUACUAUUUCGAAAGAACUUGAAUUGGUAAAAACAGAAAAAAGUCAAGUGAUGCAGGAAUAUGAACGGCUGAAGUCUGAAUUCAGUAUACUCCAAUCUUCUCUUCCUGAAGAACAGGCUGACUUGAAAACACAGGUGGAAGUCCCCAAAGAUGCUGCAGAAUCACAGCAGGCAGAAGUCCUCCGGCUACAGCAAGCUCUGCUUGAUGCAGAAAAUGAAAUUAAAAGGCUUAAAACAUCAGAUCAGGAAAGAUUCCAGAAAGAAACAGCAAGGUUACAACCACAGUGUGACAAUUCUACUCAUAUAUCCACUGAAGGACAGAACAUGGAAGUAAAUCAGUUGAGACAAAACUUGGAAAAGAAACAACAGGAAUUUAAUGAAAGUGUUGCUGAAAAAGACAUGCUAAUAAUAGAACUGGAAGAACUAGACAAGCAGAAUCAAGAAGCUACACAGCACAUGAUUAUUCUAAAAGAACAGCUAGCAAAGCAGAAUGUGGAAGCUGCUAAUGCUAUCAACCAACUAAAACUUGACAGAGAUUCUGAAAAAAGAAAAACAUCGGAGCUUGAGACUGUGAAGCUAGAAAUGAGCAAGGAGUUAGAAGUCCAACGAGAGAAACUAAACCAGUGUACAUUUGCACUUAAUGAUUUGCACAUGACUAAGCAACACCUAGAGAAUAAAAUAAAAGAGUUAAAAGAACAGCUAAAAACAUCCCAGGAUUGUAACUCUAAAAAUAAAUGGGAAUUAGUAGAAUUAAAGAAACAGCUAAUGGAGAGAGAAGAAGAAUUUUCUGCACUCCAAAAUGAAUUAACUAAGAUAAAUCAAGAAUCUAACAGUAGCCAUCAAAAUGUUUCAUCCAAGGAAAGAGAAGUGGAAAUGUUAAGGCUGAAUGAGCAGAUUUCAGAAAAUAAACUUAAAAAUACAGACUUGGAAAAAUCUAUUUUGGAUCUUCAACUACAAAAAGAAAAACUUCAUAUAGCAUGUGAAGAACUUAAACAGCAAUUGCAAGAAGCUAACAGUGAGAAGAAUAAGAUAGCUUUUGAAAAAGAUACCAUGCUGGAAGCUUUGAAAACCGAAAAAGUAUGGUUGGAAAGUGAACUAAGCCAGACUGAAAGCCGAUUAUUGGAACAGGCUCAUAAAUAUGAGCAAACGAUUGAAGAACUGUCAAAUGCACGCAACAUGAAUACCACUGCAUUGCAGUUUGAACAUGAACGCUUAGUUAAACUCAGUCAAGAAAGAGACUUUGAGAUAGCAGAACUUAAGAGGACCAUUGAACAGAUGGAAACUGACCACGAGGAAACUAAAGAGAUGUUGACUACUAGCUUAGCAGGGCAAAAACAGCUGACGGAACUCAUAAAAGAAAAAGAAGUGUUUGUUGAAAAAUUUAAAACUAGGAUUUCUGAACUCGAGCAGCAACAUGAAAGUUACAUGAAAGAUUUCAAAAAGACUGAAUUCUUAAAACAAAAUUUAGAAGAAAAAGAGAGAAGCCUUUCAGCUAUGAAAGAAGAAAAUAAUCACUUGAAAGAAGAAAUUGAACGUCUGAAAGACCAGCAGAGCCGAUCGCCUCCUUUAGCUGAGCCCAAAACUCUAGAUAUCAUCACUGAACUGGAAGCAGAAAUAACACAGUUAACUGUACUUAAAAAUAAUCUUGAAGAAGAGGUGAAACAUAACAAAGGGACACUUGAGGAUCAGAGUAAGAAAACAGCCCAACUUCAGCAAUCCCUGCAGGAGUACAAAAAGGAGAUAGAGGAGUCCAAAUUUCAGCAUGAACAAACGAACACCACAUACAAACAGGUGUGCUUAGAGAAGGAUGAGGAAAUUAAAAAUUUGCAGAGAACAAUAGAACAAAUUAAAACCCAGUUGCACAAUCAGAGGCAAGUCAUUCAGCCAGACCCCUCUGAUCUCUUCCAAGAAACCAAAGUCCAGACACUUAAUGGUGAAAAUGGAAAUGAGAAACACGACUUAUCUAAAGUUGAAAUUGAAAGGCUGGUAAAGGGCAUAAAGGAGAGGGAAAUGGAGAUCAAACUUCUGAAUGAAAAGAACAUCUCACUAAGUAGACAAAUUGAUCAGUUAUCCAAAUAUGAUGUUGGCAAACUCACCCAGAUCAUCCAGGAGAAGAACUUAGAGAUACAAGCCCUCCAUGCAAGUGUUUCCUCUCCACCUUAUAGGCAGGAUGUCCUUUACCUUCAGCAGCAAUUACAAGCCUAUGCCAUGGAACGAGAGCAAGUGCUGGCAGUUCUUAGUGAAAAGACUAGGGAGAAUAGUCAAUUAAAAACAGACUAUCACAAGAUGAUGGAUAUUGUAGCUGCUAAAGAAGCAGCUCUGAAGAAGCUGCAGGAAGAAAAUCAAAAGCUAGCCAAUGAAUUUGAGAAUAGUAGUCAGGACAUGUCCAGAGAAACUAUCAAGAACUUGUCGCGUAUCAUUCGAGAGAAAGAUAUUGAGAUUGAUGCAUUAAGUCAAAAGUGCCAGACUUUAUUGACAGUCCUCCAGACAACCAACAUGGAUUCAGGGAGCGAAUUAGGAGGAAUUAACAGCAACCAGUUUGAGGAACUCUUACAGGAACGUGAUAAGCUGAAACAGCAGGUGAAGAAGAUGGAAGAGUGGAAGCAGCAAGUAAUGACUACUGUUCAGAAUAUGCAACGUGAGUCUGCUCAUCUCCAAGAGGAGCUGCAAAGGCUUCAGGCACAGAUUUUGGCCGAUAGUGAGAACAAUUCUCAAUUGCAGAUUGAGUAUAAUGGUUUGAUCCAGGGCUAUGAACAAAAUGAGAAAAAGCUGAAAACGUUUAGUCACGAAUUAGCACAGGUUCAGCACAGCAUAGGGGAACUCAACAAUACCAAGGAUUUUAUUCUGGGCAAGCUUGAUGUGGUGACACCAUCUCUGCCAGUAAGCUCGUCCACUAAUGGACAGCCAGUAGACAUUCCAAGUAAUGCUGUUCCUCAGAUGCUUACCAGUGAGUCCAAACCAGUAAAUGAAGAAUUGGAACACAUAAAGAAGACCUUGCAGGAAAAAGAUGCAAUUAUCCGAACUCUGCAGGAAAAUAAUCAGAGACUGUCUGAUUCCAUGGCUACAUCAUCAGAGAUGGAAAGGAAGGGCCAAGGGGAGUCUGAUCUGGAGAUGAAGCACUUAAGGGAGAAGUGUGAUGUCUUGCAGAAGUCACUCAGGGAAAAAGACUUGUUAAUAAAAUCGAAGAGUGAUCAGUUAGUUUCUCUAAGUGAAAAUCUUACUAAUAAAGAGAAUGAGAAUGAGCUGCUGAAGCAAGGUGUAACUAACCUAAAGGAGAGAACUUUGAUCUUAGAAAUGGACAUUCGUAAGUUGAAAGAAGAAAAUGACAGAGUAAUAGCAAAAUGCCAGGAGAAAGAAACAGAGUUCCGAGCACUACAAGAGACUAACAUGCAGUUUUCAAUGAUGCUGAGGGAGAAGGAAUUUGAAUCUAAUUCAAUGAAGGAGAAGGCUCUUACUUUUGAAAAACUAUUGAAAGAGAGAGAGCAGGGAAAGGCAGGGGAGCUGAACCAGCUGUUAAAUGAAGCCAAGUCAAUGCAAGAAAAAGCUGUUACUUUUCAACAAGAAAGGGAUCGGGUCAUGUUUGCGCUGAAACAGAAACAAAUGGAGACAAGUGCCCUACAGAAUGAGGUGCAGCAUUUGCGUGAAAAGGAGCAGCGUCUAAACCAAGAAUUGGAGAGACUACGCAAUCACCUUUUAGAAAGGGAAGACACUUCCACGCGUGAAGCUUUAGCAGCUGAGGACCGAGAAUCUAAGCUCAAAAAGAAAGUCCAGAUUUUGGAGGAGAAGCUUCUGUCUUCAUCAACUGCAGUGGAAAAUGCCAGCCAUCAGGCUAGUAUGCAGGUGGAAUCGUUGCAAGAACAGUUGAACCUUGUUACCAGGCACAGAGAUGAAACAAUUCUUCAACUUACAAUUUCACAAGACCAAGUGAAACAGUAUGCUGUGUCCCUGGCCAACCUGCAGAUGGUGCUAGAGCAGUUUCAACAGGAGGAGAAAGCCAUGUAUUCAGCUGAGCUACAGAAACACCAAAGGCAGACUGCAGAAUGGAAGAAGAAAACAGAGCAGCUAGAAGGUCAAGUGAUUUCUCUGCAGGAAAGCUUAGAGGAAGCAAAUGAAGCCCUAGAUUCUGCAUCAAGAUUAACAGAACAGCUGGAUCUCAAAGAGGAGCAAAUUGAGGACCUUAAGAGACAAGGUGAAAUCAAACAGGAAAUGUUAGAAGAUGCACAGAACAAGUUAAUGAACCUUAUUAACAGUACAGAAGGAAAAGUAGACAAGGUAUUGAUGAGAAAUCUCUUCAUUGGGCAUUUCCAUACUCCAAAGAAUAAGCGCCAUGAAGUGCUAAGGCUAAUGGGAAGUAUUUUGGGAAUAAACAAGGAUGAACUAGAACAGUUAUUGUCAGAAGAUCAAAAAGGUGUUACCCGAUGGGUGACUGGAUGGUUUGGUGGAGGAAGCCCUGGAUCAAAGAGUGUCCCAAACACGCCUCUGAGACCAACACAUCAAUCAAUUUUCAACAGUUCUUUUUCAGAAUUAUUUGUGAAGUUCCUUGAAACAGAAUCGCGUCCAACUCUUCCCCUACCAAAACUCUCGGUUCAUGAUAUGAAACCUUUAGGAGCAACAGGAAUUGGCAAACCCAACCUUAGUCCUUCCAUGAACGUCACAGAUCCAACAGGCUUGGGAACCAGUAGAAGACCAGAUGCAAAUCCCUUCCUUGCACCUCGAUCAGCAGCAGUCCCUCUCAUCACCCCAACUAGUCUUGGAACCGGCGGAUCUGGACACCUUCUGAUGAAACCCAUUUCAGAUGCCUUGCCCACAUUCACACCAUUGCCAGUAGCACCUGAUGCUAGUGCUGGUGCAGUACUAAAAGACCUAUUAAAGCAAUAGACAAUUUUGAGUCGAUGAUGCUGAUGGCAGCACUUUAAGAAAAGAAAAAUGAACACUGCAUUUAUAUAAUACACCGCUAAGAGGCCUUUUGUAAAAUGUUGUGCAUUUUCUUGUCAUUUACUCUUAAGCUUGUCUCUCUCCUUCUUUACAACUUCCAUUUUCAGCUAAUCUAGUACUACUGGGGUAUUGUAGACAUCACAGGAAAAAUAGCCCUCCUUAUUAUACUUUGAUUUAACUUUAACGGGAAAAGCUGACCUCUAUGUAAAACAAACAAAAAUCACACUAGAGCUUUAACAGAUCUACUAAAGGUGUUCCAGCCCUGAAGCAUCCAUAUGCACACAUGUGUAAUGAUUUGAUCACACUUGCAGUUGCUUUCUUCAGCAAAAGACAUCUGAUGAACUGCUACUCAAAAUAUCAUUAGAGUUUUAUUUUAUGAUAUCUUUAUAUGAAAAUGACAAGGGCUUUGGAGUGAAUGGCGUUCGCUGACCAAAUCUAUUUUCUAGGUAUGCUGGUGGCAUCAAGAUCAUAGUGAUGUUGCCUCUGGGUGAUCAAGAAUUAUUCUGCAUCAGCCAAAGCCAACAUACUUAAAUGGAAGGAUGCACUGAGAAAUGCAUGCGCACAUGGAUCCCUUUGAUACCAUGUUAUACAUUUUGUCUGCAGAAGAAGAUGCUUUUGUUGGAGUCCCAUGAGAAAAGUUAGCUGCAUUUUUUUUUUCUUUUGAGGGCAAGAAUAUAAAUAACCACAGCUUUCUGGCGUGACAUUUGGACUUUUUCAGCUCCAGUGUUACUUGGGACAAUAAAAAUUCAAAACCUACUAGCACUAAGUUGCUCAAGGACAUUUUUCAGUUUUCUGCGUAGCUGCAUUUAGUGAUUGACCACUACUAGGAAAUCAGAUUUCCUGUAUGUAUAUUCACAGUGUUAAGUAUGAAGUAUGCAUUACUAGAAUAGUUCAAGAUGUAUAUUUAAGAGGUACUUGCUGAAUUAGAUUUAAAUGGAAAUUUCAAUAUGAGCAUUUUGUAUAGAACCUAAAAAGAAGAUGCUUAUUCCAAAUAUGUAAAUAGGUCUACAUAAGAACAAGUAGAAUUCUGUAAAUUUUGCUGCACAGACGUGUACAAUUUUAUACCAAGUGUCUCAAAGUAUUGCCACAAACAGAAAGGUCAUACUUGUCACCCUGAAAAAAAUACUUCAACACACAGCAUCUCUUUAAAGUGGCCUUCCCCCACCCCCACCGCCCUUAACAGUCUGAAGUUUUAUGCCAUGUAAUUAAUAUUAAAUGGUAAUAUUGCGCUAGUUCUAUAUUAGAACUUGCAGCCUUUUCUCCUAUGUAUCUUAGUAAUGUUCCUGCAAUUUGAAUUGCAUUAUAUUUAAAUAUAAAAUAAAUCAUGAAAAGGUAGUUGCCUAGAAGCUGCCAAAUGAAUGAA